CGGGACAGAGCGGUGCUGUGAGGAGCCCCCGCACAGCGCACUCGUUCCUGCCUGACCUGGAGCUUUUCUGAGGCCUUGUUCCUGCAGCUGACCUCGAGGCCAGAGCACAGGACCUGGUGACCUGUGGCCUUCCGAGGCUUCUGUUUGGCAGUGCCCUCGAGGGCAGAGCGUGGGACUUGGUGCCCUGAGCUUUUCCAAGUCAGCUGUCCUGCUACUAACUCCAGUCAUUGACAUGGAGCAGAGACCACCAAGUGUGCCCAAGCUGGCCUGGGUUGAGGAGGACGAAGGCGGCCCUGGAGCUGCCCCAGGACAGGAGACUGAAGAGGUGGUGCCAUUCCAUCCACCACAGGAGGAUGCAGCCGUGGAGCGCACACAAGAGCAGCAAUCCAGCCGUGGCCGCUUCCGCAGAACAGCGCAGCUCGUUUGCGACUUCAUCAAGAGUGUUCGGCAGGAAGAGGCCAGGGCUAUGGGCGCUGGGCUCAGGGCACACUCAGAGGUCCUCAAAUAUGAGACCAGUGCCGUCCUGCUAGAUUUGCUUGUGGAGAACGGUGCUUCCAAGCCAGAGCAAGUGCCCGCCAUGGUGAGGUACAUCCACCAGUGGCUCCUGGCCAAUGAUUCCGCCGAGCACAGGCUGGACAAGACCCUGCUGAAUCUCACCAAAGCACACCCGGAUUAUGCAGUAAUGACGCUCCUGCGUGUGGCCCCGUCCUGUGACAGAGCUGCUUGGACCAUGUGGAAAACCAUCAUGGGCUCAAGCAGGACUGCGGAGCUGGCACAGCUGGUACUCCUGGAUGUGCUGGGGAACUGGCCGGAGCACAGCACGUGCACCUCCGAUGGGGACAAAACGGGUGUCUUUGCCCUGGCUGCAACUCUGGUGAUGUGGAAGAUCCUCCAGGUGCGCUGUGUCCCCCGUAUAAUGAAGGUGUAUUUCCCACGCCUAUUUGUGCACCUGCUCUUCCAAGUGUUCUUCAGCACUCUGGAUAUGCCAGAGAAGGUGGAUACCUUCUGGAAGGGAUGCCAGGAAGAACACGGCCUUGCCAGCAGCCCCAACAGGUUUGCAGUGCGGACCCUGAAGUCCCUGCUCUGCCAAAGGCAGUACAAGGAUGUGGUGGUGGCAAUGGAACGCAGGGGUGUCUGGAACACACUGCUGUGUGAUGAUACCCAACACUAUGCCGUGGGUCUGCUGGCCAGGGAGAUGCGCCAUGCUCGUCUUGAGUUGUGUUCCAGUAUUGCACUCCACCUCCUCCAGCUGCUCAGCAGGGAGGAGCCACGCUGGGAUCUGGCCGCCCUGGCGUUCAUUGUGGAGGUCCUCGAGUGCCUGGAUUACAGUGAAUGUGCUGACAGUGUUGUGGAGGUCUCGUCAAGGUACCUGCAGAGCGAGUGCAGGGAGAGGCGUUGCCUGGCACUCAGGGCCCUUCUCGAGCUCAUUCACAAUCCCUCGAUGGCUGACAAAAUGUGGAGGCUGACUGAAAGCCUCAUGGAUCUACUGUGGGACAAUGAUGCAGAGAUAGCUGGGAUGACACUUGUCGCACUCAGCUUUAUAUUCUGGCGCAAAUACAGUCUGAUGUCAAGCCCUAUUGUCCUGCAGCUGGCUGAGGCACUCCUGCCACUCUUUGACCAUAAUAAUAGCCAGGUGCAACUGCUCUCCAUAUUGCUCUUCCGAACAUUGCUGACUCUUCCACUGAAAAAGGAAAGAAAGGUCCUGAAGUCACAGGUGCGACAGAGCCUGCUCCCACUCUUCUUCCACUGCCAUGAUGAGAAUUGGCGUGUGGCACAAGCUUCUCUGGAAACGCUGCUUUGUGUGGCUGACUUCCUGAAGAGGAAGGAUCUUGACAAAGUGGUGAAGAAGAAGAAACUGUGGAUGUUCGCAGACACCCUGCUGGCAGAGGACACGAGCCGAGCGGCCGAGCAGCUGCGCCGGGCCCUGCGCUACCUGGAGAGCCCCCAGGAGCCCCUGCGAGAGGCGGCCAUCAGGUUCAUGGGGGUGGCCGGCCGGCACCUGAGGGGGCAGCCAGGCGAGCUCCAGCUGAUCUGCAGUGCCCUUGAAGAACUGGCAAAUGAUAGCUGCCUGUCUGUCAGAAGCCUGGCUCUUCAGACUUUGCACAUUGUCAGGACAGUGGCCACCGUGCAAUAUUCCAUCCUCGAGAACCUGGACCAUCAGCUGCGCAGGGUGUGGAAGACGUGGCUUCGAGUCUCAGGGCUUGGCUACCUGUGCUGCUGGAGCUCUGCACGGAGGUGAUGCCAGAGGCUCUGUCUAGAGGGGCCACCUGAGCCUGCUCUUGUUUUCCUUUUCAUGAAGAUUGUUAUUUUCUUAUUUUGUUUUUCUUUAGUGUAAAAAUAUAGGACGUGUUAUAAUA